UAGUAGUUGUUUGUACACUUUCGUCGGUACAUAACAAUAUGAAGCUUAUAUUGUAUAUAGGUUUGAUAAUAGCGGCGUGCCAUGCGCACCCGAGGCAAGAAAGGCGUUUCCCGGAUGAUUUCUUGUUCGGCACAGCCACUGCCGCUUACCAGAUUGAAGGAGGAUACAAUGUUGACGGCAAGACAGAUAACAUUUGGGACCACAUGACUCACACCAAGCCUCAUGUUAUCAAGGAUAUGAGUAAUGGAGACAUUGCUGCCAACUCUUACUACAACUACAAACGUGACGUUGAAAUGAUGCGAGAGCUUGGAAUUGAUGCUUAUAGAUUUUCUUUUUCUUGGUCCAGAAUUUUACCUAAUCCGCUAGCCCCUUACAAUGUCAACCAGGCUGGCAUUGAUUUCUAUAACAAUUACAUCAAUGAAAUGUUGAAAUACAACAUAACACCCAUGGCUACACUCUAUCACUGGGAUUUGCCACAGAAGUUGCAAGACCUUGGUGGAUUUUUGAAUCCACUGUUCCCUGAAUGGUUUGAAGAUUACGCCCGAGUUGUUUAUGAAAACUUCGGUGAUAGGGUCAAGCUGUUUAUUACUUUUAACGAGCCUAGGGAAAUUUGCUUCGAAGGUUAUGGGUCAUCUACCAAAGCUCCCAUCUUAAACGUUACUGAUGUCGGUACCUAUCUCUGUGCUAAGUAUCUCCUAUUGGGUCACGCGAAAGCAUACUAUGCUUAUGUAAAUGACUUCAAACCGACUCAACAAGGUCAGUGCGGUAUUACCAUUAGUUCGAACUGGUUUGGUCCAUUGACAGAUUCUGAAGAAGAUCAAUUUGCCGCUGAACUUAAACGACAAGCUGAAUGGGGACUUUAUGCCGACCCGAUUUUCUCCGAAGAAGGCGGCUUCCCGAAGGAAUUAUCAGACGUCGUUGCAAGAAAAAGUUUAGAUAUGGGUUACAAAGAGUCACGUAUGCCAGAAUUUACUGACGAGGAAAGACAAUUAAUCCAAGGAAGUGCAGAUUUCUUCGGAGUAAACCAUUACACUGCAAGUCUUAUAUCAGCAACUGAAUAUAAAACAUUCUAUCCCGUUCCCUCAUUGUAUGCUGAUAUUGACGUUGGUAUCUACAGACCACCAGAGUGGCUUGAUUCUGCAUCAGAUUGGUUAAAAUUCGCACCAAACAGCGUUUACAACGCGUUAACUUUUCUGCACAAUAAAUAUCCGAACACUGAAUUUUACAUAACAGAAAACGGUUGGUCUAACUAUCCAGAUGCAGGACUAAUAGACGACGACAGGAGUACGUACUACAGAGCAGCAUUGAACAGUGUUUUAGAUGCUCUUGAAGCUGGAGUUAACAUUAAAGGCUACAUGGCAUGGAGCUUAAUGGACAACUUCGAAUGGAUGGAAGGAUACGUAGAACGUUUCGGCUUAUACGAAGUAGACUUCACGAGCGAAGCCAAAACUCGCACGCCGAGGAAAUCUGCGUUCGUUUACAAGGAGAUCGUAAGGUCCCGCGUGAUCGACCCUGACUACGAACCAGAAAACCUGACCAUGUGGAUCGACGAAGGACAUUAGACAAUUUUGUUUCAUGAAGACUGAGAAAAUAACUUAUUUAAAUAAACCAUUUAAAGUA